CCCGUCUUUCUCCAUCUCCGUGCGACAUUUUUGUGCUGGAAAAAGUUGCAGUUCGGUCAAAGAAAGUGAUCUCUCCCGUUUCCAGUCUUCACACGGUGGAAUCUGCACACUCCUAGCGGAAUAUCUUCGCUCGUUUGCGGUUACACACCCCGAAGACACCGCGUAAAAGAGGAGUAUCGCAGCGCCGUGCAACUUUGUAACGGGAAUUUUUUUUUUUUUUUUUUUUUUUAACAAAAGACAAUGACUCAUUUUAACAAGGGACCAGCGUACGGAUUGUCGGCAGAGGUCAGGAGCAAAAUUGCUCAGAAGUACGACCUGCAGAAGGAGGAGGAGCUGCGUUUUUGGAUCGAGGAGAUGACAGGCAUGAGCAUUGGGGAGAACUUCCAGAAAGGCCUCAAAGAUGGAGUCAUCCUCUGCGAACUUAUGAAGAAACUGCAGCCUGGAUCCAUCAAGAAGAUCAACUACUCUCAGCUUAACUGGCACCAGCUGGAGAACCUGGGGAACUUCAUCAAAGCCAUGCUUGUGUACGGUCUGAAGCCCACCGACAUCUUUGAGGCCAAUGACCUCUUUGAGAACGGGAACAUGACCCAGGUUCAAACUUCUCUGCUGGCUCUGGCUAGUAUGGCCAAGACCAAAGGGCUGGACACUAAAGUGGACAUCGGGGUGAAGUACGCAGACAAAACUGAAAGGCACUUUGACGAGGGCAAGAUCAAGGCAGGACAGUGUGUCAUCGGACUGCAGAUGGGGACUAACAAGUGUGCAAGCCAGGCUGGGAUGACCGCCUAUGGCACCAGAAGGCACCUGUAUGACCCAAAGACCCAGACUGACAAGCCCUAUGACCAGACCACCAUCAGCCUGCAGAUGGGCACCAACAAGGGGGCCAGCCAGGCAGGCAUGUCCGCCCCCGGCACUCGCAGAGACAUCUUUGACCAGAAGGUGGCGCUGCAGCCCCUGGAUAACUCCACCAUUUCCCUUCAGAUGGGCACAAACAAAGUGGCAUCACAGCGUGGCAUGAGUGUGUACGGCCUGGGACGCCAAGUGUAUGACCCCAAGUACUGCGCUCCACCCACAGAGCCCGUCAUCCAUAGCAACGGCUCCCAGGGGCCCCAGGGCUCUGACAUCAGCGACAGCGACUACCAGCAUGACUACCAGGGCCCCUACCACGCAGACUACCCUGCCGAGUACCACGGAGAGUACCAGGGAGAGUACCAAGGGGAGGAGUACCACCAGGGCUACCAUGAUAACUACAACUACCACAGCCAGGGCAUGGACUAUUAGGGCCUACAGUGUUAGCAUGUACAUAGACCACAGUCUAAAGGGGACAGCCUGGGUCUAUCACAAGCUCUGGUCCAGACCACCUUUCUCCUGACUCAGUCCUCUGCCCCUUCACACAGUCUCAUGGCUCCUAAUGGUACCAACAAUAACAAUUACAAUGUUAGGGGUUUUUUUUAUUAUUAUUUUUCUAUUAAAGAUCCAUGGAAAAAUCCAUAGAUCUACAAUCUAGAUAGGAUAUUACAUUUUAUUUUAGUAGGGUUGUCAAAAGUAACAAAAAUCAGAUACUAACACUAAAACUAAUAUCAAAACUAGACACUUAUUUGAGCAAGUAUCGAUACUAAAAAGUCACAUUCGUAGGACAGAAAUGAACCUUUCCUAAAUGAUCUUGAGCUGUAGCAGAACAAGUAUAAGACACAUAGACUAGUAUACACCCAUGGACCACUAUGAACCUACUGGACGACUGAGGAAUUACACAGAUACGAGACUGACGGGUACAUACAGUUUUCACAAAGGUGAUUUGCUCUUCUAGAUUUUUCAAUUCUUCAGUUUCUCGCUUCUCCUCGAACUCUUGUGAAAGAUCAGCAUUCUCUUUUUCCAGAGUUUUAAUGUGCUCCAGUGACAUCUCUAGUUCCUCUUUUAGAUAUAUUGUGAUUUUUGCCUUUUCAAAUUUUUAGAUUUCAGAUUUCUCAGUCCAGAAACCUUCCGUUGUCUUAAAACUGCUUUGUAAUCUUUGUUAUUUUAUUUUAAUCUUUAGCUUCUGCUCCCUCUGUUUGGUCUGAGUCCCCCUUCCCUGUGGAGGAGCCAGUCUAAACUCCCUCACACAGUAAUAUAGACACGGCAGACUCCUCGGGCCAUGGUACCUGUCCCUGCUCCAUGCUUCUGUCCUCUGCCACUGCAAAUACAAUGUCUCCGUUGUUUCUCCAUUUAUCAUUCAAUCCAAUCCAAGUUUUAGUAGUUAGUCUGACUGUGUGAAGGGGCCCUCAGUGACAUAGGGCUUCCUGAGGUUCUGAUAAACAGUAUAUUGUAGUUUGAUGAUGUAAUUGUUACCCGGGUGACAGAGGGGCUUUACAUUCUCUGAGUGAAUGAAGCCAGCCGUUGUUACGUUUUAUACAAUCUUUUGGGAGAUUUCUGCUCUUAUCCAUGAAGUAUUUUCUGACUUUGUGAGAGACAUUCAGAGGACGUAACUCUUUAGACUUGUCCUCUCCUGUAUUUUCUUAAGGCUUUUCUAUUUCCUGUUUUAUAUUUAUUGCAAUGACCGCCAUUGUAUCCCCACCCUCAGUUUUAAUCAAGUCUUAGUCUUUCCCCACUCUUCUGUAGUUGGAGUUUAAACUGAACUCUGAAGUGACUAAUGAAACAUGAUGACAAUGUGGAUGCUCCUGUAUGCAUUUGUAUUGGAUCGAUUUGUACUGUUGUUUUAAAAAAAAUAAAAUAUAUUUGAAG